AUGAGUAGUGAAGAUUCAUUCCAAAUCAAAUUGCUAAUUGACGAACAUAACUGUUGCAGGCAAGUUAAUUCGGGGUCUAUUGUGACAUACAGGUGGAUUGGGAAAAUGUUAACGAAUGACAUUUUGGUAAAGCCCCGCAUCAGCUACAGGAACAUGGUUGCAUUAGUUAAGAAAAAUUUUGGUUUGCAUGUAAGUGUUGGGCAAUGUAGAAAUGCCAAGAGUUUUGCACUAGAUGAAAUUUCAGGUAGCUUGGUGGGACACUAUGAAAAGUUGUGGGAUUAUGGAGCGGAGUUAUUGAGGUCUAAUUCGGGUUCAACAGUCUCAAUAGAAGUGAAUCCUAUGCCUGAUUCUACAACUUACUUUAAAAGAAUGUAUGUUUGCCUUAAGGGUGUGAAAGAUGGUUGGAGUGAAGGAUGCAGGAGGGUGAUUGGUGUUGAUGGAUGUUUUUUGAAGGGUAUUUGUAGAGGUGAGCUAUUAGCAGCUGUUGGUAGGAACUCCAACAACCAAAUGUACCCGUUGGCAUGGGCUGUAGUGUUAGUAAAAAACAAGGAAACCUGGAAAUGGUUCUUAGAUCUGCUACUUGAGGACAUUGGGAUGGGAGAUGGCAGAGGUCUUACCAUUAUUUCUGACCAGCAUAAGGGUUUGGUAGAAGCUGUUAAAGAAAGAGCACCAGCAUGUGAGCAUAGGCAAUGUGCUAGACACGUCUAUGCUAACUUUAAGAAGAAAUACACAGGUGUUGAGUUUAGGAAGUUAUUCCGUAGAGCUGCAAAGUCCACAACCGAGUCAGCUUUCCGAUCUUAUAUGAGGGAAAUCAUUGCGAUGUCCACACAUGCUUAUGAUCACCUAAUGGAAAGAGACCCAAAGACAUGGUGCAAGGCAUUUUUUGAGAUUGAUAGGUGUUGUGAUGCUGCGGAAAAUGGAAUAUCAUAA